AUGCGAACGCAUCGCAGUCGUAAAGGAUAUUUAUUAUGGACACCGCCUUUUUGGAAGGCUCAACAGAAAAUAUCAGCAUUUCGUAAGCAAACACCAUUGAAAGAUACUACAGCAGCAUCACCCAUUAUCACAUGGCGCAGUAUAUUGGCUCGGAAUACCGAUGAAUUUUGCCGCAAUACCACCAUACAUGGGCUCAAAUACAUCAAUAGUCGGAAAUUGCUUGCCACCGACAGAAUUUUCUUCGGCCUGGCGUUUUUGGCGGUUCUUUGCAUUGCCGGAUUUCUAAUACACGAUUCAUUUGAGAAAUGGAAUACAACACCAGUUAUUGUGGGUCUGAAUCCAGAGCCAACCUAUAUCACAGAUGAACCAUUUCCUGCUGUCACCAUAUGUAAUCUAAACCAAGCUUUAGCCACCAAAGUAAGACAUAUUACUAGCGACACCACAGAGUAUGCCAUGCUACAGUCGCUUUGCCAUCGUAAUAGCGAUGUAAGUGAUGAUGAAGAUAAUCACGCCAAGGAAAACAAUUGGGAAGAGUUCAUAUUGAAUGUCUCGCAACCGUGUGGCAAAAUGAUUAUUGGAUGUCGUUUUGGUGCUGAUGACUAUAAUUGUGCUCGAGUGUUUUAUCCCGUAGUGACCGAUGAGGGCCUAUGUUGUGUAUUCAAUAUGCUGCAUCCAAGGUUUAUGUACAAGAAAAUUGUACCUUUGUCGCUGCGCAACAUUUGGUCACCGAAUACUUUUAAGGCUAUCAAUUGGCAUGCGGAACUUGGUUUCGGUUCGAUUCGACGACGGACUAAACUCUUCUAUCCUCGUGCUGCUUCAGGAACUGGAGAAUCUCUGGGCCUUUCCCUCAUUCUGGAUGUUCAGGCCAAUGACUACUAUUGCUCCUCGUCGAAUAGUAUUGGCUUUAAGAUAGCUUUGCAUAGUCCCAACGAGUCGCCCAAUGUACGUGAGACCGGCGUACUUUUAGCACCCGGACUGGAGACAAAAUUACGUAUUGACCCCUCAAUGAUAAUGACGGAGAAGUAUUUGCGUGCGGUGGAUCGUAAAUAUCGUCGGUGUCUUUUCCAUAACGAGGGGAACCAGCGCUUACGCUAUUUUGCCCAUUACACCCAAAGAAAUUGUAAUAUGGAAUGCCUUUCGAGAUUGCUAUUGAAGCAUUGCGGAUGUGUUGGCUUCUAUAUGCCCAGAAUCAAUGGCAACGACACCAUCUGCUCUAUAUACAAAUCAAAAUGUGUGGACACUGUACGAUUGCAUACCAUAGAGGACACUGCGGAUUCGUGCGGCGACGAUUGUCUACCUAGUUGCUUUGACUUGACAUUCAAUUCCAUUACAUUUAGUGCUAAAAUAACAAAUGAUGGCUUCGAGAACACCAAUCCCACGGUGGCAAAUUACACUCACUCGUAUGUGGAGCGUAGUAUCGCCGUUGUCAAUAUGUACUACAAAGACGAAACCUUUCGAGCAAAAAAACAGACUGAGUUUAUAGGCAUCUCCGAUUUUCUAUCUAACGUUGGUGGACUUAUGGGUCUGUUUUUGGGAUUUAGUUUUCUUUCCAUAGCAGAGUGUGUGUAUUUUGCUUUAAUACGACCCUGUCGCAGUUGUUGCGAACUGCAUCGUAAUCGUCCUGUUUCUACGUUGGAAUUGAUGAUGGUAAAGAAAGUCGAGUUUGUGGAGCAUAUCCAGCAGGCAAAGGAAAAUGAGAUUGCUCGAUGGUUUCACUCGGAAUACUGGCAGUAUCAUCAGCAACAAUUGGAUAAUCCUGUUUAAAAUCAGUUUCAAUAUUGUACUUAUUCGUUAUAAAUAUUAACACAGUUAAAAGGUAAAGCGAUAUUUAAA